AUGAACCCAUUUUGCUUUCGAGGUCUGUUAUCUGGGCCAUGCGUCUGCUGCGGAUAUACGGAACACGGUACUGCGAAAAUGUCGGCUCGAUGUAGCAAUAUUUGUUUGCAAAUAAUGUUGUGUUUUGUUUUUGCGGGGGGUGGAAAUAGUGUUAUGUUGAAUGUAUUUAAGCAAAGACAUGCUGUGGCUUUGUCUAGCAUUGAUGUGUGCAUAUACUGUUGUUGUGCUGGGACAAUGGGCUUCACCACUGCGGUGACCUCGUGUAUACCACUAGUAAGAGACAUGUUGUGUUGA